AUGGCUUCAGCAAACGCGCUGGGCUUCCUCAUCCCAGUCGGCGUGGGUGCGGCGGGCGUGGCUGGCGUGUCGCUGCUGCACAUCGACAUGAAGACGUUGGUGACCAACUUCGUCACCGGCCCCGGGCGCACCAGUCGCAUCCUCCUGGCACUGUUUGUCAUUGCGAACGUCAAGAACAUGCCCUUCGCGUGGACCUACCGGGUCUGGGCAGCCAUACUGAGAAACUACGUCCCCUACCUGCAGCGCCGGGUCAAGGAGCCGCGGAUGCUCUUCCACUACUCCAUCACGAGCACGUACAACUCCCUCCUCGAGACCGACUACAACCUGCACAAGUCCAACAGCACCUAUUUUGCCGAUCUCGAUAUCGCACGAACGCAAUGCGUCACACAUCUUCUGCACGAUGGCCUCAAGGCCAUCUCCCACAACGCCAAGACAAAAGCCGUCGUCACCCCGGACGGCACCGUCGCAAAGGGCGGCAUGGCAAUUGGUCUCGGAGGUGUCUUCUGCUCAUUCAAAAAGGAGAUCGCGCCCUUCCAGGGCUACGAGACCUGGACCCGGGUCCUGGCCUGGGACCGCAAGUGGCUGUACCUCGUGACGCACUUUGUAGUCAAGGGCAAGGUAAAGCCGACGGCGUGGGACAGCGGCACCACAUCGUGGUUCGGUCCGCUCCGGCAGAGACAAGCAGCCGUCGCCGAGGGCGAGACGCAGAACUUUGAAAAGUAUGUCAUCGCCACCGCUCUCAGCAAGUACGUCUUCAAGGUGGGGCGCUUCACCGUCCACCCGAGCAUCUUGAUGGAGCACAGCGGCCUGCUGCCUCAGAGGCCGGCGGGCUGGCGGAGUGGCGCCGAGGGUGUCGGCGACGAGACCCAGGACGUCGGCGAAAUUGAUCUCAGCGCCGACGCGCAGUGGGAUUGGAAGAGGGUCGAGGCCCAGCGGCGUGAGGGUAUGAGGUAUGCUGAGAAGUUUGCGGCGCUGGAUGGCACAAACGCGCUGUUUGAUGGCGGUGAGGAUGGCGCCCUGGGGAGGUUCCAUCCUGGCUAA